UUCUUCUUCUUCUUCUUCUUCUUAUCCUCCUUCUUCUUUUCUGCGGCAGCAGUCAAGGCAGAGGCUUCAGUGUGUCACAGAGAGGGCGAAGAGGAGGAAAAAGCAGAGAAGAAGACUAUUUGAUCGAGCUGAAUGUUUGUUUACGUUUGUGUGUUUCGCCAUUGGACGGCUGGGUGAAGGGGCAGGAGGAGAAGAGGGGCGAAGAGUAGGAGAAGUGGAAGAGGCGAGCUUGUCUGGAUGAAAUUCUCUGUGUCAUGUCACUACGUGUGGACCCUGACUGAUCACAGGGUGAGGAGAAGGCUGAGAGACGCUAAGGAGGAGAAACUGAGACUUUCACUGUGGAAAGGACAAGAGAGGAGGAGGAGGUAAAGUCCGCUGCUCCGUUUUGUCAUGAUAUUAUCGGAUGAAGGAAUUGACAGACUUCUUCUCCAGUUGUGCGUCAAGAGGAAUAUGCAGUAAAAGAUAAAUAUAUAUAUACAUAUAUAGGGAGAGAGCGCGCGAGAAAAAGCAAAGAAGAACAGAAGAGUAAAGACUGCUGCGUUCAACCCUGCCAAGGAGCAGGAACUGGACUUAUUGACUGGUGAGAGUGUGCGGGGGUUUGUGUGUGCGUGUGUGUGGCUGUGUAACCGGUGGAGGGCAGAGGAGUGGAGGGCCAGGGGACUAACCUGGCCAUCAAACGGACUGGCAGCCUCUCCUCUCCUGGGAUCAUGUACCCUCAGGGCAGGCAUCCGGUCCCCUUGCAACCUGGCCAGUCUUUCAAGUUCACAGUCCUGGAAACUCUGGACCGAAUCAAGGAGGAAUUCCAAUUCCUCCAGGCUCAGUAUCACAGCCUGAAGCUGGAGUGUGAGAAGCUGGCCAGUGAGAAGACUGAGAUGCAGAGGCACUACAUCAUGUACUAUGAGAUGUCCUACGGUCUCAACAUUGAGAUGCACAAGCAGGCGGAGAUUGUCAAGCGUCUCAGUGCCAUCUGUGCUCAGAUCAUCCCUUUCCUCUCUCAAGAGCACCAGCAACAGGUGGUCCAAGCUGUGGAGAGGGCCAAGCAGGUCACUAUGGCUGAACUCAACGCCAUCAUCGGGCAGCAGCAGCUCCAGCACCUGUCUCACCACGCCCCUGGCAUCCCCCUGACGCCACACCCAUCAGGGCUGUCCCUGGGCGCAGGGGGCUCAGGACUGCUGGCACUGACGGGGGCUUUGGGGGUCUCAGCCCACCUUGCCUCCAAAGAUGAGCGCAACCACCUGGACCCUGAACAUCUCAGAGAGGGAGCGCCCAGCAGGAGUAAGUCGGUGUCAUCCACAGACAGCCAGCCAAAUGAAGAGCGCCAAGGCCCAUCAGGAGGUUACGCCUCCUCGCAGGGAGGAGCUGAGGCCAAGAGAAGGCGCUGUGACGACAAAGAGUCUCUCCCGCCACAUUCCUACGACAGCGAUGGAGACAAGAGCGAAGACAAUCUUGUAGUGGAUGUCUCCAAUGAGGAGCCUAACUCUCCCGCAGGCAGCCCUCCUCACUCACCCCAUGGGAAUGGGUUAGACCGGGCCCCCACUCUGAGGAAAGAGCUUCCAGGGUCCUCGAGCACAGGAGAGGCACCGUCCACGCCAAACCCCCGCAGCCCAACCACAGGCAAAGCCAAGGACCCUGGACAGAUGGAUAAGUCCCAGUCCCCGUUGUCUAAGUCUGGCACCCCGUCCCCAUCCCACCGUGAGGCCCUUACCCCAGGAACACCAGGAGCUCCUGGUCCCAGCACCUCCUGCCUUCGCCUAGUCAGCAAAGCAGCAACCAGUGCAGAUCCCCUUGCUCUCCGCAGUCCCAUGUCUGUGCCCCCCGGUUCAUACCCGGCUCAUUUUGGCGUGGUGUCCCACGCAGGACUGAAUGGGGAGCUGGCCAGCCCAGGAGGCUUCGGAGGGGCUCUGACUCUCUCCCCGCAAAUCAGCGCCGCGGCCAGCGCAUACUCCAGAAGCCCCAUGGUGGCGUAUGACUCUCGGUCUCACCUAAGGGCCCCGGGGCUGCCCUCCUCUCUCCCUGGUUCCUCUGGUGGCAAGCCCGCCUAUUCGUUCCACGUGAGCGCGGACGGCCAGAUGCAGCCGGUGCCCUUUCCUCCCGACGCUCUGCUGGGUCCGGGAAUCCCUCGUCACGCCCGUCAGAUCCACACCCUGAGCCACGGAGAGGUGGUGUGCGCCGUCACCAUCAGCACCUCGACUCGUCACGUGUACACCGGCGGGAAGGGCUGCGUCAAGGUGUGGGACAUCAGCCAACCAGGAAGCAAGAACCCCAUGGCCCAGCUGGACUGUCUGAACAGGGAUAACUACAUCCGCUCCUGUAAAAUCCUCCCAGACGGACGAACCUUGAUUGUUGGAGGAGAGGCCAGCACGUUGUCAAUCUGGGAUUUGGCCACGCCAACUCCCCGCAUCAAGGCGGAGCUGACGUCGUCCGCUCCCGCCUGCUACGCUCUGGCCAUCUCCCCUGACAACAAGGUCUGCUUUUCCUGCUGCAGCGACGGCAACAUCGUCGUCUGGGACCUUCACAACCAGACGCUCGUCAGGCAGUUCCAGGGCCACACGGACGGAGCGAGCUGCAUCGAUAUCUCCAACGACGGCACCAAGCUGUGGACGGGAGGGCUGGACAACACAGUCCGCUGCUGGGACCUCCGAGAGGGACGCCAGCUGCAGCAACACGAUUUCACUUCACAGAUCUUCUCUCUGGGCUACUGUCCGACAGGCGAGUGGCUGGCUGUGGGAAUGGAGAGCAGUAACGUGGAAGUCCUCCAUGUCUCCAAACCGGACAAAUAUCAGCUGCACCUGCACGAGAGCUGCGUUCUCUCCCUCAAGUUCGCCUACUGCGGGAAGUGGUUUGUGAGUACAGGAAAAGACAAUCUGUUGAAUGCAUGGAGGACACCUUAUGGAGCUAGUAUUUUCCAGUCCAAGGAGUCUUCAUCAGUGCUGAGCUGUGACGUCUCCCCAGACGACAAGUACAUAGUAACUGGCUCUGGGGACAAGAAGGCCACGGUGUACGAGGUGGUGUACUGAGGGCCGGGACAAGAUGGGAAGAGACAAGGUGGAGAUUUUAGGGGCGGGACACUCUGCCAACCACUCCUGAUCCUCAUUACAUCAG